AUGAGACUGAAGCUUCAAGAAUUGGAGCGAGCACUUCUUGAGGACAAUGAUGAUGAAAAUGAUGAGGAAAUAAACUGCAGUAGUCAAAGCAUGGAAGUGGAUGGUGAAUGGACAGAUCCAAUCCAGAAUGAAUUGCUCCAUGACUCACCCAAGGAGUCUUCAUCAUCUGAGUCUAAUGUGAGCAGCAUCAGUAGCAACAAAGAAAUAUCACAAGCUUCUCCUCAGACACCCAAGCAGCUGCUUUACAACUGUGCUGGUGCACUUUCAGAGGGCAACAUCAAAGGAGCAUCAACAAUGAUAAGUGAGCUAAGGCAGAUGGUCUCGAUUCAAGGAGAUCCUGCUCAGAGGAUUGCAGCUUACAUGGUAGAAGGCCUCGCAGCUCGCGUGGCUUCCUCAGGAAAAUUUAUUUACAGAUCUUUGAAAUGCAAGGAACCCCCAUCCUCUUAUCGCCUUGCAGCCAUGCAAGUCCUUUUUGAGGUGUGCCCUUGCUUCAAAUUUGGCUUUAUGGCUGCAAAUGGAGCCAUUAUAGAAGCAUGUAAAGAUGAAAAAAUGGUUCACAUAAUAGAUUUCGACAUAAACCAGGGGAAUCAAUACAUAAAACUCAUACAAACACUUGCUAAUCGGCUAGGUAAGCCACCACACUUGAGGUUAACAGGGGUUGAUGAUCCUGAGUCUGUUCAACGUCCUGUUGGGGGCCUUAACAUCAUUGGACAAAGGCUCGAGAAGCUUGCCGAAGCACUUAAAGUUCCAUUUGAGUUUCAAGCAGUGGCCUCGAGGACUUCAAUCGUCAAUACCUCAAUGCUGGACUGCAGGCCUGGGGAAGCUCUUUUGGUAAACUUUGCUUUUCAGCUUCACCACAUGCCUGAUGAAAGUGUUUCAACAGUAAACCAGAGGGACCAGCUUCUUCGGAUGGUCAAGAGCUUGAGGCCAAAACUCGUUACAGUUGUAGAACAAGACGUGAACACCAAUACUACCCCCUUUUUCCCAAGAUUUAUUGAAGCCUACAAUUACUACUCUGCUGUUUUUGAUUCCCUUGAUGCAGCUCUCCCAAGAGAUAGUCAGGAUAGGAUGAAUGUUGAAAGGCAGUGCCUGGCACGGGACAUAGUGAACAUUGUUGCAUGCGAAGGAGAGGAAAGAAUAGAGCGUUAUGAGGUAGCUGGAAAGUGGAGGGCUAGGAUGACCAUGGCAGGAUUUACUUCAUGUCCUAUGAGCACAAGCAUAACUGAUUCAAUUCGGGAACUUAUCAGACCGUACUGUGACAGGUACAAGGUGAAGGAGGAGGCCGGUGCACUUCAUUUUGGAUGGGAAAACAAAAGUUUGAUUGUUGCCUCAGCAUGGAGGUGA